AUGUUGAACGACGACCCCACAUUGCCCGACUUGCAAGCUCAGGCUGACGCGAGGGCCACGUUAGCGCUGCCCUGGAGUCGCGAAGAGAAGCCAUUAUUGGCAGGAUUUGACUCAUCGAAAAUGAGAGAUCACCCAGACGGGCCUUGGUUAGCGACGGCAUCGCCGUUCAGCGCUCAUUCCAUCGUCACAGCCACCAUAGUUCCAGACGCUAGUGGCGGUGUCGGAGUUUACCGUGAAGGAUACUCCACCCGUUCGGAGUCUUCCCACGAACACCUUAGCGCCUCGCUUGGCAUCACGGUCGGAUAUCCCUUCUUGAACGCCAACGUGACAGGUGAAUAUGACAGCACGGUGAACAAGAAAAGCAAUGGGUUUCAAUCUUCACGCAAUGCCUCGUUCCGCAUGGGCCGCGUGGUUCUAGACCGCCCCCCGGAUUUUUCAUUCGAAGCCACCACAAUCCUCACGCAGCCUGACGGAGACUCCCGCUUCCAAGAGCGAUAUGGCAAUUAUUACGUCUGUGGAUAUGAGCUUGGCGCAGACGCAGGGGCUUGCAUAUCUGCAGAAACCUCCACCUAUGACUCUGCAGAGUCUUUCAAAAUUACCGUCACGGUGAAAGUCUUAUUUGUUUCGGCCAGCGCUUCACACACAGAACACUUCGAAAAACACGACUCAUCGACACGUUUCACCUUCUCGGGAUUCAGUACUCUCCAUGGCGAGGUGAAGAGGUAUCCAAAUCCCGACGCUCGGCCGGUGGGUCAAAUUGUCGGAACACAAGUGGCGGAUCUUAUCAAUCUGCAAAAAGAGGCGAGCGAUCAUGUGGCUCGCGUCGGUAAGCUUGACUACGAGCUGCAGGAACGCAUGAUCAAAUACGGCUUGACCGGGGGAGCUAAGUUGCCCCUGAGUUCAUGUGGGGAAGUUUGUGGCUCGGGCUUAGUGGUUCAACUUCUGUUAGCUCCGUUCGCGAACCUGUUCGAAUAUCAGACAAUUUGUGCGAAACGGACUGCAAUUGCCACGGUUGAACCUCGGACCGUCCCGCUUUCGAACAAAAUCCGGCGCAGCUGA